GUACAUCAUUGCUUCUGACAUCUUUGUUGUGACGACGACGACGACGGCUAUAAUUAAUACGGUUGUGGUAAUUGAUAUCGUCUGAUUGAGAAGGGUGAUUGUUAUACUUGUGGAUUGAGAUUUGUUGCGCACUUGAACUGGGUACCGGGUGUUAUUUGAGUAUUUGAGAAGAGAGGGAAAGAAAGGAAAUAUGGAGCAUCCUAGUGACUUGAACGCCUCUCUCUUUUGAUUUCGUUUGUUUGUUUGGGAUUGGGGUUUAUGUUUGAGAUUAUCAAGUGGGAGAGGGGGGCUGGUAUUACUUUCUUUCGCGGGGUUGCACAGGAAUCACAUUUCCCCCCCUUGUGUACUUCCUCUAAUCCUCCCAUCCAAUUCAAUCCCUCCUCUCUCAACCCAACUAACCACCCCCCACAGAGCGCCAAAUCCCCUCCAUCAUCCACGCCCUAACCAGCGGUACCCCCGCCGAGCAAAAAUCCGCGCUGGACACCUACUUCCUCCCCUCAGCCUCCUUCUACCACCCCCUCUGUCGGGUUCCCCCCUUCGCGCACGUCCAGGUCCCGCUGGUGGGCGAGGUGAACAGUCGAUGGGUCAUUUGGAUGAUCUACCGCUGGUAUCGGAUCUUAUGUCCAAGAAUUGAGUUGGUGGUUGAGGGGGCGGAGUUUAAUCAGGAGAUGGGGGUGCUGUUUGUGGAGAUUUCGCAGGUAUGUUAUCCUCAAUAUAGAGAGAGUGUGUGGGGGGGAGGAAAGGUGUUAACAGAUGGAUGGAUAGGUCUUCUCCCUCCUCUUCGUUCCGUUUGCUAAAUCGCGUGUUCAUCUCACGACGAAAUUGGGUUUGGUGAAGGAGAAGACGGAUGAUAAGUACUAUAUUGCUAAACAGGAGGAUUUGUAUCAGUUUAAUGAGGUUUUCAAGUUCUUUUGGCCUGGGGGUGAUUGGACGAUGAGGGGGUGGCAGGUUGUUACUACGGUUGUUUGUGUGCAUGAAUACCCGCAAGGUUUCCGGCUCUAUUUUCCUUAUUAUCACACUACAACCUUUUGCCCUCAAAAU